CGAACAGAACCGAGUGAUUCCGCAAAUAUACGAGCUGCGUCCGAGCGAGCAGCCAUAAUUGGGAUUAUUCGGGAAUAAUUCGCUCAAUCCAUCCGCUUCUUCUUCUUCUCUUGGCCUUCUUUCCCCCCCCUGUGUUUUAUUUAUUUGUUUUGUCCCCAGCGUCCAGCUUCGUCAUUUCGACAUCGCCGGCGCUGUGAAUCUAUUUGCUUUUGACGGUGUCAUGGAGGGGUUUCUUUUUUAUUCCAAUCGGACUCUUCCCAUGCAGCCGUCCACCUUCGUCGGACAGCAAAACAAAGACUGCAUUUGAAGUGUAGCAAGGAAAUCUAUCGUUAUUUCCUUUUUUUAUUUUAUCACCCCCACUGAAAGAUGGAGAAAGAGAUUUAUGGAGGCGCUCGUGUGUGUGGACUGAUUGUUCCGGUGCCAGUCGCCCAAAUCCACGUCAAAACCAUUCCGAGGGGCCGCGCGGCCGUUUUCCACCGUCUGUGGGUGGCUUUUUUAUCCUUAGCAUUGAAAAUCUGACAUCAUUUGGAUAAAUGAACGCAACAAGAUCUUUUUCCCCCUCCCCGUUCGUCCUCUGGAGAGCCACCUUCGACGUGAUGCAGCACGGACUCUGUUUACACGACUGAUGCUCGAAACCAAACGCGUGGAUUUAUAUGUCUGGUUUGGAAUUUUUUUUCCCCCUUUUUUUUCCUUUGCCAUCGCGUGAAAUGAGGGCUCAGCAUCUCCAUCAUUUUCGGCUUGUCUGAUCAGAUGCGGAGUCUUCAGUGGGGGGAAGUGGGGUGUCUCGUGUUGAUCAUAUGUUUCCCAAUUGUCCCUUUGGAUGGAUUUAUGCAUAACAGGUGUUGUGCACAACACGAGCAUGAAGCUUCAUUGUGUGCGCUUCUUUUUCUCUCCGUGCAAGCGACGGUGAGACAAAGCGACUGCCUCUUUUUUCUCUCUCCAUUUUUGGGGGUUUCUUUUGCAAAACGAGGAAAUGAAAGGUGGCGAGCUUGUGGACAAAAGAGGAGAGGUGACGUGUAGAAAAGGCCUCUCCUUGUAAAGCAGACAACGGCCGUAAGAGGAUCAGUGGAGCUUAUAGGCAGGCAGGCAGAAGGCACGCCCGAGCGCAGGCGGGAGGCCGACGGAAUGGCCAACCAGAGCUUCGCCAUGGACGGACCGGGCAGCUUGCUGGCCGGGCUGGCCUCGCAGAGCGGCUCGGCCCGAGGAGGCAGCAGCAGCAGCAGCCACGGCGGCGGCAGCGGCGGGGGAGGAGCAAUCUCGGCCUCAGACGUAUCUGCGUACUUCAAACUCGUUUUCUUAGGCUUGAUCAUCUGCAUUAGCCUGGCGGGCAACCUUUUGGUCUCUCUGCUGGUCCUCCGAGACCGGACACUUCACAAGGCGCCGUAUUUCUUCCUGCUGGAUCUGUGCCUGGCCGACGCAGUGCGCUCGGCCGCCUGCUUCCCUUUCGUCCUGGUGUCGGUCCACAACGGCUCGGCGUGGACUUACAGCGCCUUGAGCUGCAAAGUGGUGGCGUUCAUGGCCGUGCUCUUUUGUUUCCACGCUGCCUUUAUGCUCUUCUGCGUGGCCGUCACCCGCUACCUUGCCAUCGCCCACCACAGGUUCUACGCCAAGCGCAUGACGAUCUGGACCUGCGCCGCUAUCAUUUGCAUGGUGUGGACUCUGGCGGUGGCCAUGGCCUUCCCGCCCGUCUUCGACGUGGGGACGUACAAGUUCAUCCGGGACGAGGACCAGUGCAUUUUCGAACACCGCUACCUGAAGACCAACGACACCCUGGGCUUCAUGCUCAUGCUGGCCGUGGUGGUUCUGGCCACGCACGGCUUCUACGCCAAACUGCUGCUCUUCGAGUACAGGCACCGCAAGAUGAAACCGGUCCAGCUGGUGCCGGCCAUCAGCCAGAACUGGACUUUCCACGGUCCCGGCGCCACCGGCCAGGCGGCGGCGAACUGGAUCGCCGGGUUCGGCCGGGGCCCCAUGCCGCCCACUCUGCUGGGUAUCAGGCAGAACCUACACAAUCAACACCGGCGCCUGCUGGGGAUGGACGAGGUGAGGUCCGAGAGGAGGCUGGGCCGCAUGUUCUACACCAUCACCCUGCUCUUCUUGGUCCUGUGGGCUCCCUAUAUCGUGACGUGCUUCUGGAGGGUGUUCGUCAAGUCGUGCAGCAUCCCUCACAAGUACCUCUCCGUCACCGUGUGGAUGAGCUUUGCCCAGGCCGGAGUCAACCCCAUCUUCUGUCUCCUGCUCAACGAAGAUCUGAGAAAAGUGCUGCGAGCCCACCUGCCCUCCUAUUGGAGGACUAAACAACACCUGCCCCAGGAUGAGGCCUACUGCAUCAUGUGAAUUGCACCCGCCCGGAGAAUGUGCUUUGGAGCCAACCAGUGCAGGCACAGUGCCAUUUCAACAAAGAAUGUCGAUAUUUGUGCCAGAGGUUUUUGGAGGGGCGCAAGAAACCCGCUCAGCCAAACUCGAUUGCCUCGUGAUGGAUUAAUAGGUAAGCUCAGCCCGGAAAAGUGAGACCGAUGCCAUUUUUAAUAUCAUGUUGCCUUACUUCAGCGCGACACACAUCAGUGUCUGUGUCACUCAAGGCACAAAACUGAGCAUUAGGACUACCGGAUAAAAUGUUUUGAUUGGAACAUUACAGACUUGAAAGACAGCAAAAAGAAUUUGGAGAGUUUGAGUGAUGGAGCGACCACCCCGGGACUCUGAUUUGUGCUAACGGAAGGAGACUCUUUGAUAUCGAAGAAAGCGUUUUAAUAGCAGUUAUGAACCCUAACAUGCUUGAGGUUUUUUUUUGGACUUCAUUUAGGGUACGUUACAUUUCUUUGUAUCAUAAGAAAAAAAAAAAAAUGCCUGUUUUUCUUUAUUUGUAAACGAUACAUGUUAAGCAGAUGACCCUAUUUUGAAAUAUGACUUGAUUUCAUAUUGUAAAGGCUGUACAGGAACGUUAAUUCCUGCUUGUGUGUGUUUUUAUAUCUCAUUUUUGCGUAGGUGUGUGAGGAUAAGCCUGCUCUGAUGUUGCCAUGUUAAAACUCCUGCUGUGUCAUACUUGGGCCUGGAACACACGUAAAGAUUU